CCGCUUGGGGAGGAAGGGAGGAGACAGGGCGGGGUGAGGGCCCGGAAACGCCGGCAGGGGCUGUACCUGCGUGCGCACCCGCGAUCUCUGACCCUGUGGUCCCACUCCCGACCCCUACCUGACCUGACUACAUCUUUUCUUAACCUCAAGCUCUGGCCAGUCUUGGCCCCACUACCUCCGCUCUGACCCCUGACCUAACCAUGUUUAGGCCUGGCGUGAUCCUCAAUCCCUAUUUUGUUCCCCUAAACCCAGUCCUGACCCCAAACCCCACCCAGUUCUUUUCUCAGGAUCCUUGGCUUGACCCUGUUCCAUCCCUGAAGCUCAUCUUGCCUUGUCCUGAUCAUCCUGAUUUCUGUCCUGAUGCUUGACACAUCAGUUCCCUAAACUCUUGUCCCUGAACCCCUUCCAUUCAUGUCCUGCCCCCCUCACCGCAGUCUAAUUCAGGUCUGUCCAGAUUCCUGACCUCUGAUUUCUAAACUUUCUCCCCAUCUGUACUAUCCUUGUCCCCUCCUGACUCCCCAUCUCCAUCCUGGCCCACCCCCUUUAGACCAUACCCCUGUUAACUGCCCUGUCCCUGCCCCCAGCCCUAUGCUGUUGUCUCCUGUUUUCUCUUGUCCCAUCACUGUCCUCAUGCCUAUACUUCUUCUGUUCCAGUCUUUUCCUGCUCCUUACCUCCAUCCUGAACCUGCCCUUUUUCCCUCUCCCCUACCUUGACUGGUGUCUUGGCCUGUCCUUCAUCAUGUCUUCUGAUUAUUCUAUACUGACCCUGCCUUGCUCUUCUCUUUUGUUCCUUGCUGCCCCCUACUUUUUCUCUUACCCUUCUUCUGAACCUCACUCCAUCCCAUCCCCUGGCCAGUGUCUUGGCUCUUUCUCUGUCCUUCCUCCCAACCUCCAUCCUCCAAUGACUCUGAUUCUGUCUUGUCUCCUACACCCCUUCCUGCCCUCUCCCUUUCUGUCCCAACCCCAGACCCCUGUUCUACCCCUUACCUUGCCCCUCCACCCUGUUCAGAGCUCUCUUUUCCUAACACCCACUUUCCAUCUCCUCUGAGCCUAAAAGAACUGGGGUCCCAUUAUACCCUGCCCCUGAACUUGGAGAUUCUGCUGUUCCCAUGAUCUCAAGUUCAUCCCAAAUGCUUCUCGCAGCAUGAGCAAGAGCAAGCAGCCUUGUGGGCCCUGUGUGGCUAAGAGGGUUUUCAUAUGUGAUGUCCCUCACCCCCACCCAGUGAUCUCACACAGAGCUUGCAUUUGUCUCCCUUCCCCGGGAGAGCAUGGAACUGUUCCUAUGCCCCCCACCCUCCCCGAGUGUGAAAGAACACCCUAAAUUAUUCAGUGACUCUGGGAGUCUGUGUGGUCUGGAUCAUGUUUCCAGCCUUGCUAGGUUGGGGGCUGUCCCAUGUCCAGGUGGGGCGGGUGGCAAGCAAACAUAGACGGGUGGGGGACUCAGGAGUGUGUGUGAAUCUUCUGUGUCAUGUUACCCCAUCUCCUAGUCUCAAUCCUGGGUGUGCAUGAUCUGGAAAAAGUCCAUUCCAGGCCAGAGGCUUCAGGGCUUCGUGGGGAGGGUGUUGGGAGUGGGGGUGGGGGUUUAUCCCCCUUCUCUUGGCUGUAUGCAAUACAAAUUUUGGUGCUAAAUCCAUCCCACCUCUGUGGGGCGUGUGUGUGUAGGGGGUGGUCACUGGGUGUUAGAAUCAGGCCUAUCCAAUAGUGACAAUAACAACCACAAGAACAAUAUGAGGUUCUCUCUCUGAAUCUCCUUGAUUCUGAGGACAGGCAGGGAGAAUGUGGAGAGUGAGAAGAUAACGUGUUAAUUCAGUUAUGUUUUGUUUCCUCCAUUUGUCAUAGAGUAGUGAGAUUUUGAAUAAUGAGAUACUAGACCCAUCUCAUUCAUCUAAAACAUUUAUCCAAACCUAUUAAUAACAACACAAGCAUCCUUCAUUGUCCCAGUGUCUGUUUGGCACCUGACUUCUGAGAGGGAGAGCUUGGGUAGUUCAGACAGUAAAAGAUACCAGGUUAUCUGGAGGUUUUUUGGUUUUGCACUUUACACAGUGAGCGGGGAGGUGAGGGACAAUGGCCCCAACUAAAAAAUAUAUUCAAAUAGAUUCAUUUCCCUGAGCUCCAGUGGCAAGAGUUGGGAUAGUAAGAAUACCGUGUUGUGUGAAUAUAUUUGGUUCCUGCAUCUUGCCUCGUAAGGAAAGCUCAGAGAGUAGUGGGUGCCAGCUCUAUCUCAAAAGUGCAUCCAGAUCCAUUCAGCUCCUGUAUAUGGAUACUGAGUGUUCAGAGAAUUGAUCUGAAGAUGUUUGGUUCCUGCAUUUUUGAUGUUGAGUAGGGAGAAGUCAGAUAAUGAGGGAAAACAACUGUUUCAAAUAUGCCUGGAUUGAUAGGGAGGGUUCCAUGUCUGGGUAGCACGUAGGGAGGGUUUGGAGGCUGAGGGAUACGAGCUCUGUCUCACCAGUGCAUCUGAAUACAUUUAGUUCUUGAUUUUGGAUAGUGAGAAUUUGGACACAUUUAUUUGACGAACAACAGCUCUGCUUCAAAUUUAUCAGGUACAGCACAGGGAUACCAGCUUGGUCUCAAAAAAAUAUGCACAGACACACAGACACACACACACAUUUGAUUGCUGAGUUUGGAUUGAGAGGAAUAGUUGUAAUUAUGACAGGGCACCUGAGUGACUUAGUCGAUUAGGCAUCAGACGUUGGCUCAGGUCAUGAUCUCAUGGUUCGUGGGUUCGAGUCCCGUGUUGGGCUCUGUGCUGAUAGCUCUGAGCCUGGAGCCUGCUUCAGAUUCUGUGUCUCUCUCUGCCCCUUUCCUGUGCUCUCUCUCUCUCUCUCUCAAGAAUAAAUAAACAUUGAAAAAAAUUUAAUUGUCGCAGCCAACACACAUCAAACACUUACCAAGGGCCAGUUACUGUCCUAAGCAAGUUUUAAGUGUAUUAAUUCAAGUCAUGCUCACAACAAUCCUGUGAAGUCCAUACUGUUGUUAUGAUCCCCAUUUUACACAUGAGGACAUUGAGGCACAGAGAGGAUAAGUGACUUGUCCAAGCAGUCACACAGACAUAAGUGGCAGAGCAGGGUUGAAUCCCAGAGUUACCACUUGCUACCCCUACAUGAGGCCACAUGAGGUUCAGGUCCUGGCUGGGGUAGGGCCUAGAGGUUGGCCAUAUUCCAGGCUGUUAGAAGUCGUGGACCAGGGCAACGAUGUGUGCGGGUGAUUCUGCCCCACCUGUCUGCCUGGCCCAAGAGGCCCAGUUACCUGCUUUCCCCUCCUUACUCCUGCACCAGGCCACCUCUGCAUGAGUUUAUUCUUGUUGUUAUCAACUGUCAUUAAUGAUGUGAUGUGAGUUUCCUUGUACUUUGAAAUGCCUUCCAAAGUGACUCUGGCUUUGUUGGCUAUGUAACCAUUGUUUACCCAUUUUACAGAUGAGGAAACCUAGGCCUUGCUAUUCAUUCUACAUUGCCAGCUAGAUACCCUUGUCCCUCUCAGCUCUGGUUUUAGAAUUGUCCUUCUUCCCAACAUUCUUGGUGUCCGCCAAGAGGCAGGAGAGGCCACAGCUGAGGGGACACUCCCCGUCAACACCCAGCCACCUACCUUAUGGCUGCUGCCUCCACCAGCCCUAAACAGUGAAGCAGGGAGAAAGGGGGGUGGAUGAAAGGGGCCUUUGUGUCCCUUGCCGGAAAUCUCACCCCCAGGAAGAAAGGUGGGCAGGGUGAUGGGAGGCCUCAAUAGCAUGUGUGUGGGGCAGGGCGUUGUUGCUGAUACAGAGCUCCCCUCCAGGCUUGGCCCACCUGCCAAGUGGGGAGGGAGGUUUCCUCACUCUGCUCUUUCACAUCACAGCAUGGGCUGCUGCAGGGGCCCGGGUUGGGCUUGGGCCCUGAGGUCACAGAGCAGAUGGUCCCAAAUGGAGCACAGGAUGUGUGGUAUGUGCUGGGGCAGGCCAGAGCCCUCAAUUUCCUUGACUCCUGGCCAGAAAUGCCCACGGGGGAGGAGUGGGGGAGAGCCAGCCUGGAUGUGAAGAAGCAUGAGCCCCCUCCCCACUCCUCCUCCCUUGCAGGAGUAGCCUCUGUCUGCCUCCAACCCAGGACCCGGCCCCCUGAGUUCUGAGUCCACCCGCUCUUAACGCCUCUGUGAUCAGAAUCAGACCUCUUCACCUGUCCAAGCCCCAGCUUCCUCAUCGGCAAGCUGGCUAUGAAGAGGUGGGUCUGCGUCAUUCUCCCAGGCAAGACUCCUGACUGUGGCCCAUGGACCUCUGAGGAGGCGUCGUAAGUCUGCCCAGCUCCCCGCUUGCUGUACUCCCACUCAAUGGGAAGGGAACCAAGGCCUUGUCCAGCCAUCAGCCACGGCCUCUCGACAGCACCAGGAUGGAAGUCAAAGGUCAGCUGAUCAGCUCUCCCACCUUCAAUGCCUCAGCUGCCCUGUUUGGAGAAGCUGUCCCCCAGAUGAAGUCAGAGCGUCUGCGGGGGCUGCUCGACCGGCAGCGGGCCCUACAGGAGGCCCUGAGCCUGAAACUUCAGGAGCUCCGCAAAGUGUGUCUCCAGGAGGCGGAGCUGACUGGCCAGCUGCCCCCCGAGUGCCCGCUGGAGCCUGGUGAACGGCCCCAGUUGGUCCGCCGGCGGCCCCCUGCGGCCCGAGCCUACCCUCCGCCGCACCCCAACCCAGCACACCACUCCUUGUGCCCUGCUGAGGAGCUGGCUCUUGAGGCGCUGGAGCGUGAGGUGUCUGUGCAGCAGCAGAUUGCGGCCGCCGCCCGCCGCCUGGCCUUGGCCCCUGAGCUGAGCAUCGAGCAGCGCCGGCGCCGGCGCCAGGUCCAGGCAGACGCGCUGCGGAGGCUGCACGAGCUGGAGGAACAGCUUGGGGACCUCCGGGCCCGCCUUGGCCUCCCGGUGCUCCCACCGCCGCAGCCCCUACCCCUGUCCACAGGGGCAGUUAUCACGGCCCAAGGAGUCUGCCUGGGCACGCGCCUCGCUCAGCUCAGCCAAGAGGACGUAGUUCUGCACUCCGAGAGCAGCUCCCUGUCAGAGUCUGGAGCCAGCCAUGAUAAUGAGGAGCCCCGCAGCUGCUUCCCUCUGGCCGAGCGCCCCUCGCCGCCCAAAGCCUGGGACCAACUGCGGACAGUGUCGGGGGGCAGCCCUGAGCGGCGAACCCCAUGGAAACCACCACCGUCAGAUCUUUAUGGGGAUUUGAAGAGCCGGCGGAACUCUGUGGCCAGCCCCACCAGCCCCACACGCUCGCUGCCCAGGAGUGCCUCCAGUUUUGAGGGGCGAAGUGUGCCUGCCACCCCUGUCCUCACCCGGGGCGCUGGCCCCCAGCUCUGCAAACCCGAAGGCCUCCAUUCUCGCCAGUGGUCCGGCAGCCAGGACUCCCAGAUGGGCUUCCCCCGGGCGGACCCGGCCUCCGACCGUGCCUCCCUCUUUGCAGCCCGCACCCGCCGCAGCAACAGCUCUGAAGCCCUGCUUGUGGACCGGGCAGCUGGUGGGGGAGCUGGCUCCCCGCCGGCGCCUCUGGCUCCCCCUGCCGCUGGCCCCCCGGUCUGCAAGAGCAGUGAGGUGCUGUACGAGCGCCCCCAACCAACCCCUGCCUUCUCCUCCCGCACAUCUGGCCCCCCAGACCCUCCCCGGGCUGCCCGGCCUAGCUCAGCUGCCCCUGCCUCCCGAGGGGCCCCCCGGCUCCCACCUGUGUGUGGGGACUUCCUCUUGGACUAUUCCCUGGACCGGGGCCUGCCCCGCAGUGGUGGUGGGGCAGGCUGGGGGGAGCUGCUGCCUGCGGCUGAGGUCCCGGGACCCCUCUCCCGCCGGGAUGGGCUCCUCACCAUGCUUCCAGGUCCACCACCUGUAUAUGCAGUUGACGGCAGCAGCCCCCUCCUCCGCAGCAAGGAUCCCCACACCCGUGCUACCCGCACCAAGCCCUGUGGCCUGCCCCUGGAGGCCACCGAGGGUCCAGAGGUGCAUCCCAACCCUCUGCUGUGGAUGCCCCCGCCCACCCGUAUCCCCCCGGCUGGUGAGCGCAGUGGUCAUAAGAACCUUGCCCUGGAGGGGCUGCGGGACUGGUACAUCCGCAACUCGGGACUGGCCGCCGGGCCCCAGCGCCGGCCUGUUCCCUCCCACACGGGCCCGCAACACCCACCCUUCCUCCAUGCCCGCUGCUAUGAGGUGGGCCAGGCGCUGUAUGGGGCCCCCAGCCAGGCGCCGCUCCCGCACUCGAGGAGUUUCACGGCACCCCCUGUCUCCGGCAGGUAUGGGGGGUGCUUUUACUGAUGGGUAGGGGUCUCUGGAGGCAGAUGGCAAAGCUGUCCAGGCUGGGGAGCAGCCAGUCAUGGUAGCUAAUGACUCAGACCAUGAGAGAACUAGCUGCGGCCUCAGCACAGGGUCAUCAGGCCCUGCCUAACCUGCAUGAGUCCGCGGGGGCUUGGUGGAGAGGGGUGUCUUGGGCCCUGGCAGCAGCAAUUUUCCACCAAGCCAUAGAAGAAUUGUAAUAUUGGAACAAAACAGUGCAUGUCAGCUGAAAAUGAGCCUUGAAAGCAGGGUGCUGGGGGAAGGGCCUCCCAGGCCCCUCGUUUUUCUCUUCUUCCUUUUUGCUGUGCUCCCCAUGCUUGCAAGCCCAGACGUACUCUCCUGUGUCUGCCUCCGCCUCUUUAACGAGCUUCUUUUCCUCUCUUUCUGUGUCUUGUUUGUCUUUUCCUCUCUCCUCUAUCUUGCCACCCUGUCUGGAUUCCUGCUACCCCUUCUAAAGAUACUACGCGGACUUCCUGUAUGCUCCGGAGCUGAGCGCUCGUUUAAGUGACCUGACGCUAGAGGGGGAGCAGUCCUCCAGUUCUGACCCCCAGACCCCGGGGACACUGGUCUGACCCCUUCUGAUACACUCCUUGUUGGCCUGGGCACGGCUUUAGUCUGGGGAGCACACAGCUGACCUCGCUGAACCCUGGGGUGUGGUGGUUCUCAGUCCUGGGGGGUGCCGAACCUGAUCUUCCAAGGCCCCUGGCACCUUGUGGACCCACGAAGGUGUCUGACACCCUGUUUCCCCUCUCACACUGUGCUGGGAACUGGGGCCCUCAGCCAGUGUAAAAGAGGGAGGAUGGUGUAAUGGGGACUUCGAGCCCCUUCUUCCAUUUCUGUUUACAGUUGUGAUUUAGAUAUUCGCUGUCUUCCCCCAACGCUAGACGUUUUAUAAAAGGGAAACUGUGAUCUCGUCCUGGUUGGGCUCAUUCCUGUCCCCAUGCCCAGCCUGUUCCAUUCAGGAACCCCCUCCACAAAACGGAUCAUAUAGGGUCUCAGGGCCCUGUUUGGGGCAGCCAGGAGACUCUGGUGUGAACAGAAGCCCCUGCCACCCCCCACCAGGGCAGUUAUUGGGGAGGUGGGCUCUCUGCCUGCAAUUGGAAAGACUGAAGUCUGGGUAGGGGGCUUGGGUUCAUUUUCCUACCCCCAGGGGUGCCGGAAGGAGCCCCAGUCCCUGUCUGCCUGUCUGUGCCCGCUGCCUCUGCCCACAGGACUAGAUGGCCCAGCGUUUGGUGGCAGCCUCUGCCCUAUCUAUCCCCAGUCAGGAAGCCCUGCAGGAGGGGCCAGAGGGCAAAGCCAUCAGGUGUGUUGUGUCCUGGGAUGCUGCGGUGGUGGAAUCUGGCAUCUGGUGGAUGCCAGUAAAAUCCUCAGGUGACGUCUGGCCACAGGCUACGUCACGUCUUCCUUGGCUUUCGUUCCAUCCACCACUUUUUAAAUCUAUACAAGCUGUGUUUUCUAUGAUACCUGUGACUUUCUGGAGCUGGGGGUCCCCCUACCUCCUUUACCUGGUGUUAAACUUUUCUUUUUCUACCAAUGGACCUGGGCCCAAGACACUACCCACACUGGAAGGGGAUUUCUAUAAUAAAUGUGUAAACUGAA